GACGCUCCUCUUUUCGACUGGUUGUUGCGUCCGUUGCGUCAAUCAAACUUCCGCACUCUGACCAAGAUGGCAGCCUCCAGCACUGUGCUUUCUCUCUCUCAAGCUUUGAAACCAUUGGGCCUUUGGGGAGGACAACUGGGAAAGUCAGCAAGAGUGUUCGGUGCUGUGAUCAACUGUCACCGAGGGAAGUCGACGUACACGGGCCCAAUCAUUCCACCCCCUGCAAAGUACGGCGGUCGACACACUGUGACCCUCAUUCCUGGGGAUGGAAUCGGACCCGAGCUGCUCAACCACGUGAGGGAACUCUUCAGGUUCAGCUGUGUUCCUGUGGACUUUGAGGUGGUGAAUGUGAAUUCCUCUCAGGACGAGGAGGAAAACAUCAGUAAUGCCAUCACUGCCAUCCGUCGCAAUGGAGUGGCUCUUAAGGGAAAUAUCGAAACCAACCACACGAUGCCACCAUCCGUUAAAUCUAGGAAUAACCUUCUCCGCACAACUCUGGACCUCUUUGCCAAUGUGAUGCAUUGUCAGUCCCUCCCAGGGGUCCAGACCCGCCACAAGAACAUAGACAUCAUCAUCAUCCGAGAGAACACGGAGGGAGAGUACAGCAGUCUGGAGCAUGAGAGUGUGUCCGGUGUGGUGGAGAGUCUGAAGAUCAUUACCAGGCACAACUCCCUGCGCAUCGCUGAGUACGCCUUCAAAAUGGCCCGAGAGAAAGGCAGACGCAGGGUAACAGCUGUGCACAAAGCCAACAUCAUGAAGCUGGGGGACGGCCUGUUUCUGCAGUGUUGUAAGGAAGUGGCCGCUGGAUAUCCAGACAUCGCCUUUGACGCCAUGAUUGUGGAUAACACCACCAUGCAGCUCGUGUCCAAGCCUCAACAGUUUGAUGUCAUGGUGAUGCCCAACCUGUAUGGAAAUGUGGUCAGCAACGUGUGUGCGGGACUAGUGGGUGGCCCUGGGCUGGUGCCUGGGGCCAACUACGGCAACAACUAUGCUGUCUUUGAGACCGCCACUAGGAACACAGGCAAGAGCAUUGCUGACAGGAACAUCGCCAACCCCACCGCCAUGCUGCUGGCCAGCUGCCUCAUGCUGGAUCACCUCAAGCUUCAUGAGUAUGCGAGCAUGAUCCGCGGCGCUGUCCUUCAGACCAUGAACGAGACCAGGUUGCACACCCCAGACAUCGGAGGGCAGGGCACCACCUCGGACGUGGUUCAUAACAUCAUGAAGAACAUCCAGAGCACUGGGCCCCUUACCACUGAGCUCUAAAUGCCUGGCCCCCGAUGUGUCCACUCCAGGAAUACCACACAGAUCAAACUACUCAAAGAAGACUUUAAUUUGAGUUCAAAUCAUCCAUGAAUUUCCCUUGUGACUAACCACCAAACCAUCUCUGUGUGUGUGUGUGUCUGAGAAAGAGAUUCAGUGUCCUUCAAUAACAGCAUGAUUGGUUAUCAUUUUAUUCAUUUUCUCAAAACACUUCUGAAAACUUAGUAUUGUGUAGCCAGCAGUCCACUCUCCAAUUGCCUUUCAGUUUUCAUAUCACAUUCCAAGGUACACGUUUCAUCCGCACGGACCUUACUCAACGUCUUGCCCAAUUCCAUUAUUUUGUAGUUCUUAAAUGGUGGUCCAAUUACACCAAGGUUUACAUUGGCUAGAGGAAGUCUAAUCUGACAGGGCAGCUCCAGUUCACUCUCCACUCCCGGGGCUCCCCUCAGCUGUAAAUGCAAACGGCUUGACGCCUGACCUCACCUCCCGGUCCCCUCCUCUCCGCUGCGCGUUCCUCUUCACCUCGCAACCCUUGCUGUGGACAGCGGUGUCGGACUUCGCCCGGUGCCCUGCCACCCUCUGUUCUCCUGGCUCUCUCCUGACCUCUCCCCCCACCAGGGGAGCCACCAGGACGGGACUUCACGUGAGGUCUUAGGAAAUCAUUUUGUAGGUAUUAAGUGACCUUUUCACCUUUUGAUUUGUUCGCACUGCCUUAUGAUAUGGGUGUGUUUGCCUGCUUCAUUUUGUUUCCUCCGCCUCGUUUGUCUGGUUGUUGUACCGUAAUUGUUAUGUUUUGUUCACUACUGUUACAAAUAUCAUGUUGGAUGAACAGUGCUUACCCUUUAUCCUGGGGGGAAAGAUCAAUGACUGCCGAAAUACCGAACCUGUUUUAUUUAUUCAAAAUUGUAUCUAUGAAAUAUUUUAAAAGAAAUCUAAAAGCUAUUCCGUUAUUCUAAAGAAGCUGUAUCUUAUAUUUGAUGUAAUACAAGAUCACCGGAACAACAAUGUAGCUAAAGUAUGCAUGACUGGAAUAUCAGAAUUGUGCAGAAAUCCCAAUAAAACCUUGGUUCAUCUA